AUGGCAGCAAGCGCGCGUCAAGGAAUAAUAACCAUAACCUUUUGCAGUCUAGCCUACAUGUUUUCUUAUAUUCACCGCAUAUGCAUCACAAGUAUUACUGACCUAAUGCAAGGCGUGUAUGCAGUUGAGCUGGACAAGAUUGGAAUCCUGGUAUCAACCUUUUUCUACACCUACAGCGCCCUCCAGCCAUUCGCUGGGCUUGCAGUAGACAUUCUGCAGGCACGGUGGGUUGUGUUUGUGUCGGGGUUCCUCAUAGCUGCUGGAUCCAUACUAAUGGGGUGUAUCGUGAACUUCCCUGCUGCCUGUGCGUUCCGUGGCUUGGCUGGAAUAGGUAGCGCGUGUCUCUACGUAGCAACAGUCAAAUACGCUAUGCUUUGGCUUGCACCCAAGCAGUUUGUGAUAUGCACAGGCAGUCUUGCGGCGUCAUCAGGGCUCGCGAGCCUUCUGGCUUCAGCACCGUUAAGGCACCUCGCCGAUGCUAUCGGAAUAAGGUUGUUGUUUGUUAUCCUCGGUGUAUGUCCGCUCAUAGCUUCGAUAAUCGUGGGGAUAGUGGGAAGCUAUCCUCCUUCGUAUUACGCAGGUGGGAAGCAAACAACAAAGGACGCAAUUAAAGACUUCAAAAACGGAUUCCGAGAAUUAGGCCGUACGCGGGCCGCAGUAUCCCUCAUACCUCUCCUGAUCUAUUACUUCUUCUUUUCUGGGGCAAACUAUACCAUCUCCGCAUUCCUUGGCGUGGUGUUCAUAACAUCCUUAAAUCAAUCCCUGUCACAUACAUAUGCUACAUGGAUGUUUCUGCUUCAAAGCAUUGGGCUGAUCAUUUCAGGGCUUGCUAUACCCCACAUGGCAAAAUACAUUGGAAGGAAACCUCCACAUAUUAUAACACCGUUACUUGUCUCAGGAUUGAUGUUCUGUAUAGCGUUUUUCAAGGAACAGGCAGCCGGAUGGAAGUUCGGAAUGGUGUACUUCUUCUACGGGAUCCUGACUGGGGCCACUGUUCCCAUCGGCUACACGCUGUGUAAGGAAUUGGUGCCUCCAGAUAUCCUUGCAACAGCGAUAGGCUUAUUUAACUUCUUCCCCGCACUCGGUGGGGCUAUUUUUCAAAACACAUUUCCGCUUCUAUUGCGCACCAACUCACUGACAGAAUACCAGACAAUUGCUUUUAUCCUCGCAGGGCAGUAUCUCCUUUGUGCCUUCAUAGGAGCGUUUCUGAAGGAGACGUCUGGGCUGACAAUAGGACGCACAUGCAAACGGCCACAGCGCAGAAGCGCAAUCUCAGACAAUAACGCAGGUGCUGAUGGUAAAGAGAUCCAGAUGAAUAGUACUCAGAUAAGUGCAUAA